AUGGGCGUUAUCGAACUUGUAUCGAAUUACCUCACGGGCCCUCUCAUGAAAGUAGUUGGCUACCAAAACAUUGACUUGGCUGUCGAAACCUAUUCGGACCCAAGACUAUCGAUAGAUUGCGGGAGUGGCCCUAUCUAUCCAGAUGGAUGGAGGACGACUUGCGUAGAUCCUGACUUAGGUCCAGCCCGGAUCGAACGAGGCGAUCUAUCCAGUGUGGGGGUCACGGCGGAGUCGCUCAGCACACACACGUUAACUGUGGACUAUGGACGUCGGGUCAAGAUGUCGGUGCCGUGGCCGUUGUUCGACGAGCUGCGCCUCUUACCAUCGAGCUCGGAAAGACAAAAGCUGAUUAUCGGCAUAGUGAGCGGUCAAGACAAGGCGCUAGCGAUGUCUAAUGCGGGCGGAGUGAUGGUGGUCAAGAACGGCAGUUCGGCCACGCUGUGCAUCUGGCUGACGGGCGGGUCGGACCUCUAUAACGAAUUACAGUGUAGAGAAAAAGAAUGGGAGGAGGAAAGUCUGAUAACCACCGCUUACAUGGCACUACAGCUGAGCACGGCGGGGUUUAGGCAGGCUUGGUUAGUACACAACUUAUGGAAGGAAGGAAACGCCGAAGCUGCAGAGACGGAGGUACGGUGGAUCAGACCGACCCUCCUGGAAGGUCUGGGAACUUAGCCAAGGAAGUGAAAACAGUAGCUACCGUCGAUGAACUUUUCUUCGCCGGGGUGACCAUAAUAGGGUUUGUCUCCUUGUCUGGGUGUCUAGUGACUCUAUCGUUCAAAGGGACAUUUUCCAAGGUUGGCCGCCGCACCCUGAAGUUAAGUAUAGAAAACACCAGACGGAUUUUAUCAAUGUCAAACGUUACUCGCUUCAACUGCUCGAAAGUGCCAGCAGUGUCGCCGGAGACGGUCCUGAUCGCCACUAGUGGCAACACUUGUCACUUAGAGACCACGUACGAUGACACUACCGUUCCAAUCACGCUAGACCAGGCGGAAAAAGAGGGGAUGCUCAUGAUGGGGCGGAGAGACACCUCAUGUACUUCUCGAAGAGCCACAAGAACAAGUCACGGCAGCAGAAGCACGACCGGACCAAUAUCGGCGGUCGAACCAGUAUUCGAUGUCAAGAUACCGCAACGCCCAUCCGGACGCGUUAGAGUCAGGGAAGCGACGGAGGUCUGCGAGGAUUCAAGAUGGAGGCACAUAGACGAGGGUAAGACUUUAUCCGCUGUGGAGCUGGUGGCGAUAAGCUGUCCGAGAUAAGAUAGGAUGUGAAUUACGACGUAGUUCGAGCUGUCCUGUCGAAACUGAUAGGUAGACCAUUCGAACCGUCGGAGUUCGAGCAAGAGGGGACAAUUGUGAGCAUAUGUGGAACGGGAACGCGUGUCGGGGCGAGCCUGCUGGGACUGGCCUCUAGUAUCAAGUUUGCAGUACGCUUGCGAUAUUGGGCAGUGGUAGGAGCGAUAACCCCGAAAGAGUUCCAGGACAUACAAAUGUCUAGAGAGAUGCUA